CGCGGGAGCCCGGCGCCAAACUCGAAGCGCAAGAUGGCGGCGGAGAGUAUCUUCAACCGGCCGGUGUGUGUGCAAGUGAGGUGCCAGGGCUGCGAGGAGAGGAGAUUAAAUGUUCGAGUCAAUAUUGACCUACUGUCAAUUUCUAAUCCUGUUCAUAAAAAGGAUUUAGCUGUUCGAUUGACUGAUGAUACUGACCCUUUUUUCCUUUAUAACCUUGUCAUAUCUGAGGAAGAUUUUCAAAGUUUAAAAUCCCAGCAAGGUCUUUUGGUAGACUUCUCUGCUUUCCCACAAAAAUUUAUAGAUCUGCUUCAGCAGUGCAUUCAGGAACAGAACAAAGAUAUCCCAAGGUUUUUGCUGCAGUUAGUUUCUUCAGCGUCUGUUCUAGAUCACACACCUGUCUUUUUAAAUGUAGUGGAGACCAACCCUUUUAAACAUCUUACCCAUCUCUCUCUGAAAUUCAUACCAGGAAAUGACACAGCAGUAAAGAAGUUUUUAGCCAGCUGUUUGAAGUGCCUUAAGGAAGACAAAAUGAUGUUGGAAGAAAAGCUUAGAAAAACUGAAGAGGAUCUUACCAGGCAACUGAGCUACACUCAACAGAGCUUGUCAGAGAAGAGCCGAGAACUAGACAAACUGAAAAAUGAAUGGACAUCAUACACUACAGCUCUAACAAACACACACACACAGGAGCUGACAAAUGAAAAGGAAAGAGCUCUCCAGGCACAAGCUCAGUACCAGCAACAGCAUGAACAACAGAAAAAGGAAUUAGAAAAUCUGCAUCAGAAAAGUAUUCAACAGUUGCAGAACAGACUCUCAGAACUCGAGGUCAUCAAUAAAGAUCUAACAGAAAGGAGAUACAAAGGAGACUCCACAGUCCGAGAACUGAAAGCAAAGCUUUCUGGGAUAGAAGAUGAAUGUCAAAGAGCCAAGCAAGAAGUGCUGUCUCUGCGUCGGGAGAACACUACUCUGGAUGCUGAAUGUCAUGAAAAAGAGAAACUCAUUAAUCAGCUACAGACACGGGUUGCUGUACUGGAACAAGAGAUCAAAGAUAAAGAUCAGCUAGUUAUUAGAACAAAAGAAGUAUUAGAUGCGACACAAGAACAAAAGGCAAUACUGGAAGAGAGUACAGAGAAAAAACAAAGUCAUAUUGAAAAACUAGAGACAACAAUAAAGUCGCUGUCAGCUGAACUUCUUAAGGCUAAUGAAAUUAUCAAGAAGUUACAAGGAGAUUUGAAAACUCUAAUGAGUAAAUUAAAAUUGAAAAAUACAGUAACAAUUCAACAGGAAAAACUAUUGGCAGAAAAAGAAGAGAGACUUCAAAAAGAGCAGAGAGAACUGCAGGAGACGGGACAAUCUCUUCGAAUGAAAGAGCAGGAGGUUUGCAAGCUACAAGAACAGCUAGAAACUACAAUACAAAAACUAGAAGAAAGUAAGCAGUUACUGAAAACCAAUGAAAAUGUAAUCACAUGGUUAAACAAACAGAUGAAUGAAAUUCAGAUGGCAAAGAAGCUAGAGACUUCUGCCAGUACACAUGGUGGUGUUAGGACUGCCAUUUCACCUCAUGGCAUGCCUGACCGACCAUCCUUUCCCAGCUCAGGAAUCAAUCAUCCCAUUUCUCCUCUGUAUGCCUUCCAGCACUUUCUGGAACCAGCACACAACAACGUUAAUUCACAAUGUCCAGUACCAAAGAUUCAGUUUAACACACAGCUUUCUAAGAUGAAUCGAUGUUCAGAUAUUCAGACAGUGACUGCAACUAGUCAUCCAGCAAAUAAGGAGAAUGGUGAUAAUUUGGGGCUGGAAUCAAAGUAUUUCAAGAAGAAAGAUGACAGCAUUCCUUUACGAGGGCUUAGUCAAAAUACACUUAACUCAGAGUAUCUGAAACCGUACUUACCAAAAGCCCAACUGUCACCAAAAGCUGUAGUAACACCAGCCUCAGCUUAUUUUCCUGGAUAGCAGACAGGAUUCUUAAAGUAAGAGCCCUCUUUUAACCAUUUGGGGGAUUUUUGGAUGUCCUGCAUUAAUGUAUUCUAAAGUAUCAAUGUGAACUGACAUAAUUUUAGAAGUCUGAAUCUAUUUUCUUUUGAGAAAGGUAUCUUGACUGACUUGGAUGACUUCUCAGGAUACUUAAGCCUAAAGAAAAGCUAAAGCUUUAAGCAGUCUCAGCCUUAGUGGGAACAGGGGCUGUACAGAAUUUUCUCUUAAAGUCUUCAAGUCUUCCUAAAAACCCACUUAAAUAAGUGCACUGACUUUUUUUGUUAUAGGAAUUGACAGGGGUGGCUCUGUAAGACAAAGCAUACACUGUAGCAUUCUCUGAGAGGGAACAUUUCUCUAUGAAUACUUUUAUUGACUUCUUUCAGAGAAAGGAAAGAAUGAUGCUGUCAAUUUUAAUAGUUGUCAAGCUUUAAGUUAGCAUGACUGCCUCAUUAAUAUUCCCUUUACAGUUUUAAUUUUGAAAACUUGCUUAAUUUUGCAGCCAGCUUAUUUGAAUUGCAUAUAAACUUACAAAUACAUUUACUAUUAAAGAAGAUGCUAAAUUAUUUCACUGAAGGUCUAAAAUUAUAAUUUAAAAUUCUCGCUCUUGGUUACCCUAACUUUUCUAUUUAUCAGUAUUCUAUUCCACAGGCCACACUGUACAUAAAACAUUGCAAGGUGAAAUAGCUCAACAGUUAACUGUUGAAAGUAUCACAACAUCUAAAAGCUACUUUAUUUUUACUAAUUGUACUUUACAACUGUAAGACUGCAUGGAAAUUUAAGAUACUCUAACACUCAAGUUUAGGUGGACUGAGUCUGCUCAGCUUGUUUUACUACCUGGGUUCAAAUGCUGGCAUCAUGCAAUAACUUAAUUCUGUGCCAACAAAGAACGGGCAUGCAAGUAUUUGUAACAUACAGAACAUACUUUUUCUAACAACUAUUUACAUACUUUUGUUGUUUAAAAUAUUUUGUACUUUUUACCUUAGUUAUUUAAGUGCAUCCAGAUGACUGUAAAUUUACAAGUGGUUUGUUUUGCAGUGCAAAAUGUAUAUAUUUUUAUAAAUCAGCACCAUGUUAAUGUAUAUUCACUUGUUCUGGCAUG